AUGCGAAGAGAUAAAUCGGAGCUGAAAAGGCUUCACCCACCCGGUGACAUCCGGGCCGGGUCACGUCCCGCAUCGACGCGGCCAGCAUCGAGCCUGGCAGCCAGCAGGGCUUUCUUUGCCCAGCCCUCGGAGCAGGACGUGGCUGGUGAGGUCGCCUCUCCGCGGGGCCGGCUCAGCAAAGCCUCGCCGCGGGGCCGGUCUAGCAAAGCCUCGCCGCGGGGCCGGCUCAGCAAAGCGCCGCCGCGGGGCCGGCUCAGCAAAGCCUCGCCGCGGGGCCGGCUCAGCAAAGCCUCGCCGCGGGGCCGGCUCAGCAAAGCGCCGCCGCGGGGCCGGCUCAGCAAAGCCUCGCCGCGGGGCCGGCUCAGCAAAGCGCCGCCGCGGGGCCGGCUCAGCAAAGCGCCGCCGCGGGGCCGGCUCAGCAAAGCCUCGCCGCGGGGCCGGCCCAGCAAAGCCUCGCCGCGGGGCCGGCCCAGCAAAGCGCCGCCGCGGGGCCGGCUCAGCAAAGCCUCGCACCGGGGCCGGCUCAGCAAAGCCUCGCCGCGGGGCCGGCUCAGCAAAGCCUCGCACCGGGGCCGGUCUAGCAAAGCCUCGCCGCGGGGCCGGCUCAGCAAAGCCUCGCAGCGGGGCCGGUCUAGCAAAGCCUCGCCGCGGGGCCGGCUCAGCAAAGCGCCGCCGCGGGGCCGGUCUAGCAAAGCCUCGCCGCGGGGCCGGCUCAGCAAAGCCUCGCAGCGGGGCCGGCUCAGCAAAGCCUCGCCGCGGGGCCGGUCUAGCAAAGCCUCGCCGCGGGGCCGGUCUAGCAAAGCCUCGCCGCGGGGCCGGUCUAGCAAAGCCUCGCCGCGGGGCCGGCUCAGCAAAGCCUCGCCGCGGGGCCGGCUCAGCAAAGCCUCGCAGCGGGGCCGGUCUAGCAAAGCCUCGCCGCGGGGCCGGUCUAGCAAAGCCUCGCAGCGGGGCCGGCUCAGCAAAGCCUCGCAGCGGGGCCGGCUCAGCAAAGCCUCGCCGCGGGGCCGGUCUAGCAAAGCCUCGCAGCGGGGCCGGCUCAGCAAAGCCUCGCAGCGGGGCCGGCUCAGCAAAGCCUCGCCGCGGGGCCGGUCUAGCAAAGCCUCGCAGCGGGGCCGGCUCAGCAAAGCCUCGCAGCGGGGCCGGCUCAGCAAAGCCUCGCCGCGGGGCCGGUCUAGCAAAGCCUCGCAGCGGGGCCGGCUCAGCAAAGCCUCGCAGCGGGGCCGGUCUAGCAAAGCCUCGCAGCGGGGCCGGCUCAGCAAAGCCUCGCACCGGGGCCGGUCUAGCAAAGCCUCGCCGCGGGGCCGGCUCAGCAAAGUCUCGCAGCGGGGCCGGUCUAGCAAAGCCUCGCAGCGGGGAUGGUUCUUUACUGGGGGUGGCAGGGGCCAGAGAGGCUCUGUGGAUCCAGCGCUGCCCUGUGGAUCCAGUGCUGCCCUGUGGAUCCAGUGUGGCUCUGUGGAUCCAGCGCUGCCCUGUGGAUCCAGAGAGGCUCUGUGGAUCCAGCGCUGCCCUGUGGAUCCAGCGCUGCCCUGUGGAUCCAGCACUGCCCUGUGGAUCCACCCUGAGGCAAUCCCUGUCGUCAACGGCAAGCGACACCUGAGAGCUGCGGCGAGGUCGUCCUGA